AUGCCUUCUCAAGGACUAUCCCUGAUUUUUCCUCUGUUGUUUAUUUGCUUCUUCAGGGAGAGCUUCUGCAUUUGUGAUGGUACUACCUGGACAAAGGUUGGAUGGGAGAUUUUUCCAGAAGAAACGCAUUAUUUGAAAGUGAAGUCUUCUCCAUCUCACUGUCUACCUUACCCUCUGAACAAAUUACGCUACAAUUUUGCUAGUAUGGAUAUAUUUCAGAGUUGUUUGCAUCUUAUUUAUAUUUUAGUACUAGCUCUCUUUUUAAUCCUGUCUGUUUUAUCUGCUCGUUGCCUGUGGACGAAACACCAAAAAAAGCUGAAGAAACAAGCCUCCUUAGAUACAGCUGGUAAUAACCUAGAAAGCCAGUCCAUCUAUGACAUUGACCAAAUACUCUGCAGACUGAUGACCACAACAUCAAUGAUCGUCAAGUACCUGAAUCGGGUGUCCCAUCGUCCUCCAGCUAAGAAAGUCAAGCACCAAAUAAUUACUAAUCAUUAA